ACAUGUCUGGUAAGACAAAUAAUGGUAAAAGGAAAUCUUCAGAAAGUCAUUCCACUAGUAAGAAAACAAUUUUCCAACUAGAAACACGACCAACCCCUAGUACCAGUAGUAGUACAGAUACUGGAUCAGCUUUAGUUUCACAAACAGAAACUUUACAUGGUAAUACCAGAACAGUUGAAUACCAAGAGAGUCCACCCCAUGCUAAGAGGAGAAAAGUUAUAGCUAGAAGAGAGAAAGGAAAGAUGCCACCUGAAGAUGAAUUUAGGAUAAGAUCUAACUACGUGUAUUUAACAGAGAAUCUGAAUCCUCUACACCCAUUAUUAGACAGCUUAAUUGAAAUGUAUGUCCUAAAUGAAGAUGACUUGGAAAAAAUCAGUAGAGCGGAAUCUAGCGGUGGUACAAAACAAAUGAUUCGUCAAUUUCUAGAUAUUCUUCAAACUUGUGGUAGACAUGCAUAUCCAAAAUUUAUUGAUUGUUUAUAUAUAUCAGGAUAUGGAGCAGUAGCCGAACAAUUAUCAUCGGAUGUUGAUAUGGGUGGAAUAGUUAAAAGGGAAGUGAAACAAUUACAGGCAGAGAAAAAAUAUUUACAGUUACAGAAAAAACUUCAACAAAUAAAACGGGAGAGUGAACAGGCGCUUCACAUAUCUUCCACAGAGAACCGGCGGAUAAAAACGACGUUGAACUCAUGGAGGAUAGCUUUAAAAACAAAAACCAAUAUCUUGGUUCGAUUCAAGUCCGAGAUGAGAACAAAAACGAAGCUACUGGACCGACUAAAAGAGGAAAGGGAGACAAGAAAUGAAGAUCUACAAAUGACGAAAGUGAGAAACAGUAUUUUGUGCGAUGAGCUGGACCGAAUUUAUGAACAAAAUGUUAUAAUAGACAGAAUUAAAGAGGAAUUUGAAGAUGAUGAUAAUGGACAAGAUGUAGGAAUAAAUGAAUCCGAUUAUUCGUCAGUUGAUAUUCAAGCAACAGAUGGGAAACUACUGGGAAAACAAGAACCUCUAGAUGUACAUCAGACUGAUGAUAACGACUGUAGUCUACCAACAGAUGAUAAACUACUGGUAAAACAAGAACCUCUAGAUGUACAUCAGACUGAUGAUAUAGAUUGUAGUCUACCAACAGAUGAUAAACCAGUUGAUAAACGGUUGAUAAAACAGGAAUUUUGGAAUAUAGAUGGGAUUGGUGAUAUGGACUGUAGUAUACCGAUAUAUGAUCCACAGCUAAUUAAACCAAAUUCACCGGAUAGAUUAGUAGACGACAUUACAAAAGACAAAGUUGUUGAACAUACUGGCUUGUUUAUCAAAAAAGAACCACAAGAGAUAAAUGAGACUUGUGGCGUAAUGCAACCAACUGUUCUGUCUUCUACUACAAGACCAGAUAUAGAUCAGACUAAUGGUAUAUCCCAGCCAGCUGUUGAUCAACAAGAUAUUACAACUUUAUUGACACCAGGUCAUUAUUCACCAAAUGUAGAGUCUUGUCUACAAUCCACUUCCCAACAUCAGGAUCUAGAGUCUGGUCAACCAUCAACAUCACGGUGUCUAGAUUCUAGUCAUAUUAAUCAACGUAAAGAUGAUACAACACCAGUUAAAACAUCACCUGUUUACGAUGAUGAUAAAGUUGUUAGACCAGUAGAUAAAGAUACAUUACAUACUGUUUGUGAACAUGGUACAUUAGACGAAUUAAAUUCUAUUUUAUCAGAUAAAACAAUUGAUUUAAAUAGUACAGAUGAUUUAGGUAGGGGAGCCAUGUUUUAUUGUAUUAGAUCGGUUAUUCAACCUGUAGAUAAACUAGAGUUGUUGAUAUCAUAUGGUGCUAAACUUGAUGUUAAAGAUAGGUUAGGUUAUAGUUUAUUAUAUGAGGCGUGUUUGUAUGGAUUUGUAGAAACUGUUAAAUCGUUUUUAAAUACAGUAUCAUAA